UACAGUUAAUUUCUUGCAAACAUUUCCAAUGCCAUUGCUUUGUAGUUUCUACACAGAAACAUUUGCCUGCUAAUGCUAGCCGCAUGCUAACUGUCAAAAGUUUGAGUCAGGAUGUUUGUAUAACAGUAAACAUUGCAGGUUUUAUAACGUCACGCUGCCAGUAUUCUUGUUAUUAUCGUUGUUAUUAUUGUUAUUUUCAACUCUGUGAUAGGCGGUUUUCGUCGAGAGCAUCGAUGUUUGACCAGUUACCAGUCCUCGUAGUAGCAGGGUUUUGAUACUAACAUGAGCUAGUAUUCUAACCACUUGCUGGAGAGCUGGUGAAUGUUUUCGCUUGUUCUUCCCGAGGAAGUCCGUGACUGCUUAGCAGAAGUGCCGCUUGGUGUCGGAUGCAACUAGUGGAACGUUGUUCCGUUACUAGUCCCGUUUGAUAACACUGUCUUAUUACCGUGUAAUUGCUGUGUUUCCCGCUUGGGGAGUGUAGUAGGAAUGGAUUCGGAGGCGGCCACUUUUGAGAUUGCAUCACGCGAAAAGACAACGGAAUAUAAUGUUUCAGUAUGUAUAGUUUGGAUUGCAGUAAUAUAAAAAAAAAAAAAAAAAAAUCACAUAAUCUCAAUUAUUUUGAUGAAAAUUUUUGAAAAAACUGAACUUCAAAAGGUGUGGCUUUACAUACACACUAUACAUUUAUUUAUUUAUUGUCCUUAUUUUUACAAAAAAAGUAAUAAAACUGAAUUCUUAACCUUGUCGGUAUCAAAGUCUGCAAAUAAUAGAGAAUCUGAAGCAAAUAAUAAUAAUAAGAAUAAUAGAAAUAAAUAUUUUGUAUUCCUGCCAUUUGCACAGUCAAUGCAUGGGGUGUCUAAACAUGUUUUCCACCACUGUACACCACUGUACACAGAAUUCACAUUUAAUAACCAGCCAACGUAAGCUGCUGAGAUGAAGUACGUAUUCUUGGCCUGUCUAAUUUUGUCUUAUUCAGUGAAAAGAAAAUUCUAAACUGCCCCUUUUUCUACAGUGUUAUGAGCAGUAAAACUAAAUGCGAGAUUAAAUUCUCAUUUAAAGCGUCAUACUGGGGACCAAUAAGGUUUGCACUUCUUCAAUGAGAGGUCAUUUGGGGAUUUUCCUCAAGUCUCGUCUAGUCUUGACUUCCAGUCCAGACUAUUUGUUCUAUGUGUUGUUACCUCGCCUGCGGACGUUGUUUUUAAUGCAGUUUGUCUGUGUUCAAAAUUACUUGAAAAGUUAUGGACAGAUUUGUAUGAAAUUUAUAUGAAUUGAUUCAAUGUCGGGAGUGAUCCAGUGUGUUUUUCUAGUUUUUCACACACAGUGGUAGCAAAGCUAGCAGGCAGCAACACUCAGGUGGGUCAGUCAUAGUCACUAACUUUUUAAAAGGUGCUGAUAAAGCACUCAUCUCUGGCGUCAACAGGAAGUGAGUAAUAAGAUUCAUUCACAAAAAGCGGGUUAGCAGAUGUUCAUUUUGCUUACCAAACACAGCACAACACUUGUGCAUAAACACACAACAGAUGACCUCACAUGACGCACAAGUGUGAAAUGGACAAGAAAACGGGGUCUUAAGAAGUAAAAUCGAGCAGACCAUCAAAGGGCUUGGCAUCGUCACCAGCGCUGGGAGCUGAAUGGACUUGUUAAUCACUUAGCAAAACACUUCCCACUCAAUUCAUUCCACUUCUUCUUGGGCAAACACUUGUACACUGUGAGAUCAAACAGGAAAAGAAACCUGAGAUGGAGAACCGGAGGGAAAAGGAGGAGACUCAAAGAGAUUGUAAUCAGAUAUUCAUGCGGGACGGAGCUCUGUGGGGACGAGGAGUUUGUCACAGGAUGCGUGCGAGAGAGACUGGCAUGACGAUUACAGAGCCUUCUGAGCUGAGGAGACGAAAGACGGACUCCUCUUCCAGUCAGCAACAAGCCAAGUGUAGCGGCGGCGAUGAUAAGGACACUUCCAUGACCUACCUAGGUGUUUCACUGCGAGGCCUGUCUCUGGCCUGGUUGUCCAUGACACAAGCUGCCACCCCGGACACGCGCUUCCACCCAAAAUGGAGGGUGAUCAUGUUGGUCUCCCUGCUGGCUUUCCUGCUGACGUUAUUCCUGCACAGAACGGUCAGCAACAGGGACCUGAGUGGCGGAAGUCACGUCAAGACGGACACUUUUCAUUUACACCCAAAUGGAAGGAGUCAUGACAUAUUCAAGGACUCGGCCAGACGAGACCAUCGGAGAACAGAGAGGGUUUAUAAUGCUACUUACCCACUGAGUCCUCCUGUUAAGACGCCGCUUGGUCUCAGAUACAGGAUAGGCGUCAUCGCUGACUUGGACACUGCGUCACGUAGCGCCAAAGAUCAAACGUGGUUCAGCUAUAUGAAACUUGGAUACUUGACUGUGUCUGCUAGCGCUGACCACGUGGAUGUGGAGUGGGACACUGACACGGUGACUCUGGAGAGUCACCUGGCUGAAAAAGGACGAGGCAUGGAGCUGUCCGAACUGGUGGUGUUUAAUGGUCAUCUGUAUAGUGUGGACGACCGAACGGGGGUGGUGUUUAGGAUCGAGGGCAGGCAGGCCGUGCCCUGGGUGAUUCUGCCUGACGGAGACGGCUCUGUAUCCAAAGGGUUCAAGGCCGAGUGGCUGGCUGUGAAGGACGAGCAUCUGUUUGUGGGUGGUCUGGGAAAGGAGUGGACCACAACCUCUGGAGAAGUUGUGAACAACAACCCAGAGUGGGUGAAGGUCGUUGGUCACCAUGGAGACGUUGAGCACGAGAACUGGGUUCCACACUACAACGCCCUGCGAGGGGCAGCUGGAAUCCAACCACCAGGCUACCUGAUUCACGAAUCGGCAGCAUGGAGCGAGCGCCUCCAACGCUGGUUCUUCCUCCCCCGCCGUGCCAGCCACCAACACUACGAGGAGACCGCUGAUGAGCGCCGGGCCACCAACCUCCUCCUCUCCUGCGCCGCCGACUUCAAACACAUAAGCGUCCGUCACGUCGGGCCGCUCAACCCCACCCACGGCUUCUCCUCUUUUAAAUUUGUGCCGGACACAGACGAUCAAAUCAUUCUGGCUCUCAAGUCUGAAGAGGAUGCGGGAAUAAUCGCCACCUACAUCAUCGCUUUUACACUUGAUGGACGUGUGCUGAUGCCGGAGACCAAGAUCGGGAAUGUGAAGUUUGAAGGUUUGGAGUUCAUUUAAACCGACCCCAUACUGGUUACAACAUGUACUUCUAAAUCUAUAUCUACUUUAGAUGCGUCAUAGCGCCUUUAAAAGGUCAAACAUUUGAAGACUUACGCAAAGAAUUCUGGGUAAAAAGGGAUGAGAAACCUGGCCUGCUUGGUCAGACAUUUCACUGUAUCAACUGAAUGUCAAUAAUCUACUUGAUUUUAACCACCAACUGUGGAAGUUUAAUGACACUGAUUUAUAUUUAUAUUGAUGCAAUGUAGUCGCUGCUGUUGCGACAUCAAUGUCUUACAUGUGUGUUUGUACCUAUUUAAUACAGACCUUAUUUUCAGAUUCCUCAGUAAUAUAUCUUUUGUACUCUCGAGACUUGAUUAAAUGCCUUCAAGAGGAGACACUGCUUAUUUUUGAUGUGAUCCAUUGAAACGUAUCUUAAAGUGUAUGUGAUUCCAUUAGCUCACUAAACUUUAGUAUCAUGUGUCCAGACAUUUGGGUCACACUCAUUCAGUACAACAAAAGCAGUGAAUCUGUUGGCAUUAUUUCACCAGCUGAGCUUGUUUUGGACCCCAGAGUUUGGCCACAUCUCGUGCACUAACUGGAAUUAACGCUCAACCUCCUGCUGCUGAGCAUCUGAUACGUGUAGAGUAUCAGACAUUGUUUUGUCUCAGCAGCCUCAAAUGACUGUUUACUAGAUGGAUGGAUGGAUUUACCUUAAAAAACAACAAUAAUGUCGUAAUGUGUGGGCUAAAUAAAGAU